AUGUCUGACGGGAGACAGCGAGCUUUGUCCACCUCUGGAGAGUCUCUGUACCAGGUCCUGGGUCUGGAGAAAGGCUGCUGCCAUGACGACAUCAAGAAGUCCUAUAGGAAGCUGGCGCUGCGGUUCCACCCAGAUAAGAACCCCGACAACCCGGAGGCGGCAGAGAAGUUCAAGGAGCUGAACAGCGCCCACGCCGUGCUGUCCGACCUCACCAAGAGGAACAUCUAUGACUCGUACGGCUCUCUGGGACUCUACGUGGCGCAGCAGUUCGGCGAGGACAACGUCAACACCUACUUCAUGCUGUCCACCUGGUGGGCCAAGGGUCUGUUCCUGGUCUGCGGGGUCCUGACCGGCUGUUACUGCUGCUGCUGUCUCUGCUGCUGCUGUAACUGCUGCUGUGGGAAACUGAAGCCGACGCCCACAGGUGAGGGGGCGGAGACGGACUACGUCUCCCCCCAGGACCUGGAGGAGGAGAUACGCAAUGACCCCGACAACGACGUUGAAACUCCGAUCAUUCAGCAGCCGACCAACACCAGCGAGAAAUCUCAGCUGAUCACCAAUGGACACCGCAAAUACGGAGACACCUGCUAAUGAAAAAGGAAACAGGAAAAGCAUCACUGCAGGAGCAGCUGGUCACUGCUCCACAAGACGAGCUGUUAUUACACGUGUUGUAACAACAGGAGGAACUGAAUCAGAGACA